CUGUCCAGAACCUCCCAUCCCUCUUGCCCUCUCCAAAACCUUACAUGGCCUAAAACUCUGAAGGUAAUUUUCACUCUUGACAGAAAUCCGAGAAUGGGUAUGAUGAGAAAACCUUCGUCUCUCCACUCUAUGUUUCUCUUCACUGUUUUCGCGCUCCUUCUUCAUCGUAUUUCAGCUGCGGAUUACACUGACUUGGUUUACAAGGGCUGUGCGGACCAGAAAUUUCAAGACCCAUCAGGGAUUUACUCGCAGAACCUCAAGUCUCUAGUGGGUACUCUCGUCGCACAAUCUGCACAAAAGGUUUUCGCCACUACGACCGCCGGCGACGGCCAGAAUGCGAUCAUGGGUCUGUACCAAUGCAGGGGAGACCUCUCAAACUCCGACUGCUACAAAUGUGUGAGCAAGAUUCCCGAUAUGCUCGGCAAGCUUUGUGGCCAGGUUGUGGCGGCGCGUAUCCAGCUCAAUGGGUGCUAUUUGCGGUACGAGAUCGUCGGGUUCAAGCAAGUCUCUGGGACUCAGCUGCUGUACAAGGUAUGUGGGUCGAUUCAGGCGAGCGGAAGUGGGUUCGCUGAGAGAAGAGAGACAGCCUUUGGGAUGGUGGAAAAUGGAGUGAAAAGUGGAGGAAGCUUGUUUUACACUGGAAGCUACCAGUCUCUGUAUGUGUUGGGGCAGUGCGAAGGCGAUUUAUCUAGUAGUGAUUGCGGGGAUUGUGUGAAGAGUGCUGAGGACCAGGCUAAAUCUCUGUGUGGUGACUCAAUUUCUGCCAAAAUUUAUCUUCAAAGGUGCUAUAUCAGCUACAACUUUUAUCCUAAUGGAGUGCCUGGGAAUGGCGAGUCAUCAUCUUCGUCUUCAGGAAUGGGGCAACACAACACACAGAAGACAGUGGCUCUUGCGGUAGGAGGGGUUGCAGCUUUAGGAUUCUUAAUCGCUUGUUUGUUAUUUGUCAAAUCAAUGUUCAAGAAACGGAGUGGUAAGUAUUGAAUUGAAACUGGGUUUGAUUUUGUAGAUACUGAUACUAUUAUACCUCAGAGGUUCGUUCAUAUUUCUAGUCUUAACAUGUUAGAAGAAUAUACUUUGGAUUGAUCCUUUUGUAUAGUUUAUAAGACUGAAGGGGAUGAAAAGGAAUUUCUUGUCAUCCA